AUGGAGCGAAACCGCUAUCCACUCCUGCUGAGUGCGCUUGUCGCGCUCAUCGGAUCCUCCACUGCAAUCUACUCUCCAACGUCUGUAUUCAUCUCCCCGCAACACAAUGACUCCCUGGCAUACAUCCUGCGGCCCAGUGGUACCGGCGAAACUGAAUUCCUUUCCUUGAAUUUAUCCAACACUCUCGAUGCCGACAACCUGUCAUACAAUACCUUACUGAGCAGCACGCCGUUCCAAAGUACAGACUUUAACUCGACAGCAAUCCCCACCUUCAAUGAUCAAGGUCUGAUUACGGUUUACACCGGCAAUUGUCACAGCGCAGCCGAUCACCCGGCGCUAUGGCAGUUCCGUCCGGACACCAACAGCUCAAUCGGCAAUGGCACCUGGUCCAAGUUUUCGGUUAACGGCGAUGGAAAGACAGCACCGAACUAUCUGGCAGCCGGAUUCAGUUUCUCAUCCAGCCAUGCGAAGGAUAGCUCCAUGUACGCCUUUGGCGGUAUGUGUCCGUUCGCCAAUAGCACAGACGAGACAUGGAUCGAGGCAGCAAACUAUUCCCAAACCACUGUGGUUUUAGGUCAGAGCCCCUAUUACAACAACAAGUAUACUGCAGCCACCACUGGCAAUCGUGCACCUCCUGUCGCUGAAGCUGGAAUGGCUGUCAUCCCCCUGCAGGCCACCUAUUCCACUGGGUCGACGGGCAAACAGCAGGACUUUUUGUUCAUCGGGGGUCAUACGCGACAAGCCUUUUUGAACAUGUCACAGCUUGCGAUAUUUUCGUUGCCGCAACAGAGUUGGAGUUUCGUGUCUGCGAGUGGAAAGUCGACGAAGACUGAGCUGGCUAUUCGCGAUUGGACGGACGUUGAGCCUCGGUCCGGUCAUACGGCCAUUUUGUCGGGGGAUGGAAAAAAGGUCUAUGUGCUUGGAGGUUGGGUUGGCGAUACCUCUGUCGCUGCUGAUCCACAAUUUGCUGUUCUGGAGCUCGCGGAAGGGUUUGGGGGAGCUGCCGAGUGGACUUGGACAACGCCUUCUCCGGAUGGGCUGAGAAUUGCCGACGGAUCUGGAAUCUUUGGCCAUGGAGCGGCGAUGCUUCCUGGAGACGUGAUGAUGAUCUCUGGAGGUUACCACAUCCCGAAUCAAUCAUCGAAGCGAGCGGUGUCUGCUACUUCCAAUUCACAAAUCUACCUCUACAAUGUGACAUCGAACAGCUGGGUCACUUCCUACAGCAACCCUGCAGGCAGCAACUCUGCAGAUAUGUCAGAAUCUGCCUUGGGCAGUAGCUCCGCUUCGCUUUCAUCAUCCCAGAAAGCUGGUCUAGGUGUUGGGCUGGGGAUUGGAUGCCCUGCUGCUAUGGCUAUUCUUCUAUUUGCAUGGAACUAUUACCGAAAGCGAGGUGUGAAGGGCAAGCGAGACUCCCAGCUGCGCGAACUGGCUCUGGGAGCGGAACGAGCUCAUUUCUGGGGUCGGGAUGAUCCUAAUCAAGCGAGCAGUAUCCGCAGUUCUGGAAUGAGCGAGAAGAGAGACCCCCCUGCGUAUAACUGGUCCCCAAGUCACACCCAGUCGACACAUUCCGAUUGGCAAAAUCGACGUGGUAGUGCCGCGGAGAGGACGGGGCUACUCAUGGAUGCUCCUAGUCCAACAAGAAACAACCCUCCUCCGGCUAACGCAAGGCCAUUUUCAAACCGCUUUAGUGAAUAUCGACGAAGUGAUGCUACCGACAUUCACCCAAUCGAUGAACGCGAGGAAGAUGAAGCUGUCUUCCGCGAAAAUCUCAUGGCUACCAUUCCAAUGGCCUCGCAAACCGCCUCGAAGACCGAGCCAGAGGACCCUUUCUCAGACACUCCAUACGCGACCCCUCGAAGCACAAUUUUUGGCGUCGGUUUGGGACCAUUUUACACCCGUAAAAAGGAGGCCGCUCAAGACACCACCGGGUCCUCAACCAGGAGCGAACGUACAACCACAAAUCUUUCAGACAGCUCGGCUUUCUCCUUUGCCUCUAACCAGUCGGUCGGUCAAGUCCAUCAGGCUCGAGCUGUGAUUAUUGAAAGGCCCAAUAGCUGGGUCAGUGGGCGUCACUCCCUCGAGAAUCUCGCCACAGCCUCAACCCACAGUGAUCCAGAUGGAGUUGCGCCAUCUGAGGACUCAUCAGACUCCUAUUCUACAGCUCAGACAAACGUAUCCCAUCGUCAGGCAGAGAACGAGUCUCUCUUAUUCGACCCUCUGGACCAAGCCACCCCACUGACAAAUUACGAGCCAUCCUCUCCAUCCAAACUUCCCCGCCAAAAGUCCAGAUCCUCAUCGGGCUGGGUAUUGAACACCAUGCGCAGAGCCCUUACCAUGUCCCGCCGUGAUGCCCGCGACUCUUUCACCGAAAGCAGUGUAGCUUCGGGCGUUGAUCGUCGCAGCACGGCCCUCAGCUCUGAUCCAGAAUCGCCCUCCACUUCAGUCACCCCUCGCCGCACAGUCAGUGCCUCGGCCGAACUCUUCCGCCGUAAACAAGGCGCUAAGGACUGGAAUGCCAAGCGGAUCUCGGACGAUGUUUUCAACACUGCCCGCUCCACCCGGGAUGACCUCUUCAGAGAUGCACCGGGAUAUCUGGGUAACGAUGCCAUGACAGAUGACGAGGGCGAUGUUCAUGAUUGGGAUUUGGAGGGGACUGCCGAAGGCCGUCGUGUUCAAAUGACGUUUACCGUCCCCCGGGAGAAAUUGCGCGUUGUCAAUGCCACCGCUGGCGACAUGGACAAUAUUUCUGAGCGUUCGGCUAGCCGACCGGGGAGUCGCAGGGUCAGCACUUGA